UAUAUCGUCCCAGUUUUUAAGAAAGGUGAUAAGAACGACCCCGACAACUAUAGAGGUAUAACCCUGGUCAGCUGUUUGGGAAAAUUGUUCACUUCUAUUUUAAAUGACAGGCUUCUAAAAUUAGAUGAAGAAAAUACCGUUAUUUCUGAUGCGCAGUUUGGUUUCAGAAAACAUAUGUCCACAGUUGAUGCUAUUUUUAUAUUACAGUUUUUGAUAAAUCGAGCACUGAAAAAUAAGAAACGAUUAUAUUGCUGCUUUGUAGACUAUAAAAAGGCUUUUGAUUUUAUAAAUAGAAAAAAUUUGUGGUACAAGCUAAUUAAACAGGGCAUAGAAGGCAAAAUGUUGGCAGUUAUAAGAUCUUUAUAUGACAACGUUAAAUGCUGUGUGAAAUACAAUAACGUAAUUUCUGAGUAUUUCGGGUGUGUAAACGGCCUAUUGCAAGUUCAGAUAUGGGUGGAUUAACGGAAGUUUCGAGUAACAAAAUAUUUGGUGGUUGGCAGAAAGUCUACAGUCAUGAAAGUGAAGAAGUAAAAUGCACUAUGAAGUUUGGUAUUUAUUUACCGCCGCAAGCUGACGGUGGAAAAGUUCCCGUCUUAUACUGGCUUUCUGGUCUGACGUGCACUGAGCAGAACUUUGUAACCAAAGCCGGUGCUCAGAGAUACGCAUCAGAACACGGAAUAAUUGUUGUCGCACCAGACACAAGCCCUCGUGGUUGUAAUAUUGAGGGUGAAGAUGACAGCUACGACUUUGGUUCUGGAGCUGGUUUUUAUGUUGAUGCCACUCAAGACAAGUGGAAGAAAAAUUACAGGAUGUAUUCCUACAUUACCAAGGAGCUUCCUGCAUUGAUUAAUAGCAAUUUCCCUGCCAUUCCCGACAAGCAGUCAAUAUUUGGACAUAGUAUGGGAGGUCAUGGUGCGUUGAUCUGUAGCCUGAAGAACCCAGGACAGUACCGGUCGGUCAGCGCUUUCUCACCCAUCUGUAACCCAAUCGAGUGUCCAUGGGGGGUGAAGGCUUUCUCGGGCUAUCUCGGAGCUGACAAAAAAACAUGGAAGGAUUAUGAUGCAUGUCACUUGGUGAGAAAGUACAACGGGCCUCCGCUAAAUAUUCUUGUUGAUCAGGGAAGUGCGGACAAUGUUCUGGCUGACAAGCAGCUGCUUCCAGAUAACUUGGUGACUGCCUGCAGUGAGAAUAAAGUUCCAGUCAUAUGUAGAAAACACGAGGGUUAUGAUCACAGCUAUUUCUUCAUUGUUACUUUCAUGGAAGACCACAUCAAACAUCAUGCAAAUUACUUGAAAGCUUGAAAAUUCCCGUUACAGCUCUGUCUGUUUAUUAAGCAGUCAAUGAGCGAAGCUGUUGCAUUAAUUUCGAACAUUUCAACCAAUCGGUGAAUCUGUUAUAUCAUAUGUUGAAAAGCUCAUCAUGGCAACCGGUGAUUAAAUCUGCUAUCAUGUCUACUAUUUGAAAGCUAAAAUUUUCUACCAAUGACUGAAUCUGUUAUAUUUCCUGUUGAUCGGUUUGUAAACUCUAUCAACGUGCCCAUAUCCCACAAGAGGUUCGGGUACUACUUUCCUGUUAGAAAGCUGACCUUUUCUACCUAUGACAGAAUCUGUUAUAUUUACUGUUGGAAAACUGAACAUUUCAACCAGUAAUUGAAUCCGUUACAUCUAGUGUUGGAAAGUUUAAUUUUUUUAACCAAUGACUGAAAGUCUGAAUUUGUUACAUCACAGGCCAA